AUGCAAGACCCAGAGGGCUCAAAGGGACCAUGUCCAUGGGAAGGGAAGGAUCAUAAAAAGGCUGUGCAGUUGAGAAUAAGACAAAAGAACACUGUCCACCCUCCAGAUGGGAGAGAUGCAGAACUGUCGGCCUUUCUUCUACGUCAGUAUUUGGUCACUCCCACACCAGAGAAAGAGGCACAUAUUAAAACCUACACAACAAUCAACCAAAGUUUCCCAGUUCCAAAUGAGAAAGUCACAGCUUCAAAAAUCCUCCAAGGAUUGGAAGAAAAGAGAGAGAAAAUAGACACAGUAGUCUUAUUGCAUGUUAAUCUGGGCCAAGAUGAAGUGACAGCUCUAGAUUGGCAUCUGUCUCCUCUCCUACGUGUGGGAUCUGCAGUGAUAACCUUGAUGUCAUUCAAACAGGCUCUGGAUGCCAUGACCCAUCAGACAGCAGAUUCUGGUGCUGCAGUGGAGGUGGUGAAGGAUAUCAGAGGCCUUAGACAGGCUCUGCCUAGUGAAGUAAAUCAAGAGUGGCCACUUAUUGUGAGAAAUGCAGCCAAAGUCCCCUCAAGAACUCACCCCUCGAGCUCAUCAUGGUACAGUCGCCAGCAUUUAAGCUUAGUCAAGAAACCAGAGGAACUGGCCUUCAAGCCAGGCAGUACAAGUGUUUCUGCCUCCUCUCUAUGGAGGAUAAAGGACCCUGAAGAAGCAGCUUCCAGGGGCCAAGAUCAAAUGAAAGAGAAGAUGUUAGAAGGUCCAUGGAAGAGAGGUGGCCAAGAAGCACCCCACCCAAAAAAGACAAAAAUGUAUCAGCAUAGCUACCACCCACCACCAAAGAAGCUUCUCUUUGCUGCAAAGAGAAAACCACAUCCCAGAAAACCACAACUGGACACAAUGCAGAGAUCAACAGAUUGUGGGGACCCCCACGGUGACUCCAAGAAAGUGGCUCCUCUCCCCAAGGAGGUGGAAGAAUAUUGUGAGGAUGAAGAAACAUCAAAAGAUGAAGAAGAUGACAGUAGUGGAGAAGAAGAGGUUGUCAAGCCUCAGAAAAAAAAAGGCAAGAAGGCUAUCACAACUCUAUCAAAGAAGGUGGUUGUUUCACAAACGGAAAAGGUUGUGCUUCCCACACCAGCUAAGAAAGCUGCUUUAGUUACCCCAGGUAAAAAGGCAGCAGCCACACCAGCCAGUAAGGCGGUUACACCAGCAAAGCAGGCAGCACCUGGUAAGAAGGGAGCCACACAAGCAAAAGCAUUGGUAACAGGCCCUGGUAAGAUGGGGGCUGUCGCUCCAGCCAAGGUUGCUAAGAAUGGUAGGAAUGCCAAGAAGGAAGAGAGUGAUGGGGAUGAAGAAGACGAUGAAGAUGAAGAUGGCAGUGAUGAGGAGGAAGAUGAUGAGGAAGAGAAUGAAUCUGAGCCACCAAUAGUAAAAGGAAAAACCAUCAAAAUAGCUGCUGCUGCUCCCACCGCAGAGGAUGAGGACAAGGAAGAUGAUGGGGAAGAUGACGAUGAAGAAGAUGACUCGGGGAAAUCACUCACUAAAGGAAAGGAAACUCCUGCAAAAGUUGUUCCUGUGAAAGCCAAGACUGUGGCUGAAGAGGAUAAGGAAAAGGACGCGGUGGAGGAAGAGGAUGAAGAAGAAGAGGAAGAGCCUGUUAAAGCAGCACCUGGAAAACGGAAGAAGGAAAUGACCAAACAGGAAGAAGUCCCUGAAGCCAAGAAACCGAAAGUGGCGAAAGGCUCAGAAUCAACUACACCUUGUAAUGUCUUCAUUGAAAACCUUAACCCAAACAAGUCUGUUGCUGAAUUAAAAGACGCCAUCAGUGAACUUUUUGCUAAAAAUGAUCUUGCUGUUGUGGAUGUCACAAUUGGUACAAUUAGAAAAUUUGGCUAUGUGGACUUUGAGUCUGCUGAAGACCUAGAAAAGGCCUUGGAGCUCACUGGUUUAAAAGUGUUUGGCAAUGACAUUAAACUAGAAAAACCAAAAGGAAGAGACAGUAAGAAAGUUCGAGCUGCAGGAACACUUUUAGAAAAAAAAAAACAAACAAACCUUUCAUUCAACAUCACUGAGUUUGAAUUAAAAGAAGUGUUUGAAGAUGCCGUGGAGAUCAGAUUGGUUAGCCAGGAUAGGAGGAGUAAAAGGAUUGCUUAUAUUGAAUUUAAGUCUGAAGCUGAUGUAGAGAAAAAAUUUGAAAAGAAGCAGGGAGCAGACAUUAAUGGGCAGUCUGUUUUACUCAACUACACUGGGGGAAAAGGACAACAAAGGCAAGAAAGAGCUGGAAAGAAUAGCACUUGGGGUGCUGAAUCAAAACCUUUGGUUUGAAGUAACCUUUUCUACAGUGCUACUGUAGGGACUCUUCAGGAAGUAUUUGAGAACACAACUUUUAUCAAAGCUCCCCAGAAACAACAAGGCAAAUCUAAAGGGUAUGCAUUUAUAGAAUUUGCUUCAUUUGAAGAUGCUGAAGAAGCUUUAAGCUCCUGUAGUAAAAUGGAAAUUGGGAGCAGAACAAUCAGGCUGGAGUUACAAGGACCCAGGGAAUCACCUAAUGCAAGAAGUCAGCCAUCCAAAACUCUGUUUGUUAAAGGUCUGUCUGCAGAUACCGCUGAAGAGACCUUAAAAGAAUCAUUUGUGGGCUCUGUUCAUGCAAGAGUAGUCACUGAUUGGGAAACUGGUUCCUCUAAAGGAGAUGCCAAAGCUGCCAAGGAGGUCAUGGAAGAUGGAGAAACUGAUGGGAACAAAGUUACCUUGGACUGGGCCAAACCUAAGAGUGAAGGUGGUUGUGGUGGCCAAGGCAGUGGCAAAAGAGAAAGAGGCGGAUUUGGUGGCAAAGGCCUAGUGGGGGAGGGGGGUGUGGAGAGGGGGCUUUGGAGCUUCUGGGAAGAGCCAGAGGGCAGCCGCUGUCAUUCAGGCAAUGCUUGUCAUCCCAGCCUCACAUCUGAGCGAUUGGAGAAGUUAGAGCUAUAUCCAGAACCAGAGUCAUCAUCAGAAUGUCCAGAGCUGAAGUUGGCAUUGAUCCUGGUAUACAUUAGGCCCCAUCCACAAGGUGCUAAUACUAGGGAGAUCGCAGAGGAACCAUGGAACUUAAGCCAAAACAGCAAUGUAGUCUUCAAAGGAGGUCUGCAGGGCCAUGACUAUUUCACCCAUUAUCUUUUGAACUUAUACUGGCUCAAAAACCAGGGCAGCCUUCAUCAGAUGCUGAAAGAGAAGGAAGGGAAGGGAGGCGCAUCUCCACCAGGGGUCUGGAAGGGCCAAUGGAUACAAAACCAUCAGAUACGUCCUUGGAUCUCACAUCGCUUCUACCACUGCUUUGCAAUGCUGUUAACAACAACAGUAUCAUUUGCAUAA